AUGGAUCAAUUGAUUGGUGUGAUUAACGAGCUUCACGACGCAUUUGCGAAUGUGAAGAUCAACAUAAAACUUAACCUUCCCCAGAUUGCGGUGGUGGGUUCGCAGAGCUGCGGGAAGAGUUCCGUUUUAGAAUCCAUUGUGGGCAAGGACUUCUUGCCGAGAGGGUCUGGCAUCGUGACUCGGUGUCCACUUGUUUUGCAGCUUAUCCAAUUGCCCAAGAACAGCCAGGAGGAGUGGGGGGAGUUUCUGCACCUGCCGAACAAGAAGUUCUUUGUGUUUUCCGAUAUCCGGAAUGAAAUCACGAGGCGUACCAACGAAGUAGCCGGCCCGUCCGCCAUCACGGACAAACCCAUUAACCUGAAGGUGUACUCCGCGCACGUUCUCAACCUCACCAUGGUCGACUUGCCGGGUCUCGUGAUGAACGCUGUCGGCGAUCAGCCAAAGGAUAUUGACCGGCAGAUUAAGGAGAUGGUUACGAGGUAUGUUGCCCCGAAGAACACCAUCAUCUUAGCUAUUUCUCCCGCCAACACGGAUCUCGCCACGAGCCAAUCGCUCCGACUCGCGCACCAACUCGAUCCUGAGGGGAACCGCACGGUGGGUGUGCUCACCAAACUCGAUCUUAUGGAUCGCGGUACGGAUUGUUACGACGUAUUGACGAACAAGGUGCUCCCUCUUCGCCACGGCUUCGUCGGGGUCAUCUGCCGAAGCCAGCAGGAUAUUAACACCGAAAAGGGCAUGGAGGAGGCCCGUGCGUCUGAGCAGGAGUUCUUUCUCAACUCAAGUGUGUAUGCUCCCAUCGCAAAUGAACAGGGAACCGUCUAUCUUAGCAAGAAGCUCAAUGGUCUGUUGCUGGACCACAUUCGCUCCGUCAUCCCGGACCUCAAACUUCAUAUAGAACGACUCAUGGAGGGCACGAAGAAGCAGAUGGAGAAGCUGGGUAUGUUCGAACAAAGCAACAUCGAACCUAGCGCGCAGUUGCUCUCAUUGAUUAAACAAUUCAGUGAUAAGCUGAACCAAACCAUUGAUGGUGGUAUCACGGACGCGAGCAAGGAACUUCUGGGGGGUGCACGGUUGGACUACAUUUUCCACGAGUGCUUCGCAGCCUACGUAACCAGCCUCUCUGCCCGGAAGGAUUUAACAGAUGAGUAUAUUCGCAUCAACACACGCAAUAUGGCCGGUAUGCACGCCACGCUCUUCCCUUCCGAUCAGGUCUUUGUGGCGCUGUCGAAGCAGCAGGUCGGGCGCCUGGAGGAGCCCUCGCUGAAGUGUGUAACCUUCGUCUACGAGGAACUCAUCAAGAUUGUUGAGAUCUGCGCCGGUAAGGUUGAUCGUUUUCAGAAGCUGAAGCAGGCGGUGAUAGGCAUCUGCCAGUCUAUGCUGGUGGAGUUCCGCGGUCCGACGUCUAACCAUGUGCGCACCAUCAUCAACGCCGAGCGUGGCUUUAUUAAUGUGAAGCACCCGCAGAUGGAGGAGCUCGCGCAGCGGGCGUUCUUAAACAUGUACGGCGAUCCCUCAAGGGGGAAGGGCUCGAAGGGGGACGGGUCGGAUGAGCAGAAUGGCAACCCCGAAAAGGGCGGAAAAGAGGAAAAGAACAAGGAGAAGGACAAGGACAAGGACGGGAAGAAGUUCGAAAAGUCCAAAGACAAGGGCAUCAUCGACUCUCUGGCCGCGCAAGGUGAAAAGGGGAAUAUGAACGACGUGCCGAGUCGGAUUAUGCUUGGGAACAGCAUGACGGUGCAUGAGAAGCAUAUGAACAACGCCAUUCGUGAGAUGGUGGAGGGGUACUUCAACAUCGUGAAGGGGAACAUCUCGGAUCAGGUGCCAAAGGCUAUCACGCUGCUCAUGAUCACGAAGCUGCGUGAGGAGGUCUACGCCCGCCUAGUGCGCGAGCUGUACUCGGAGAAGACGGCGAAGGAGCUGCUUUCGGAGAAUCCGAACGUAGCGGCGCAGCGCAAGGCUACAAAGGAAAUGAUGGAGGCGCUUACAAAAGCGCAGAAUGCUCUCAACAAUGUUCGUGAAUAUUCUUUGGUAGUUUAG